AUGUCUGCCAAUUAUGUAUUAAGUACAGUUGCUGAGGUAUCUUUUUGUACUUUUCUGUCGGGGAUGGGCCAGAUUGAGAGGGGUGAAGUGGCUGUUGAUUAUGUGCUUGAUAUUAUCACUGAGGUAUCUUUUUGUAUUUUUCUGCUGGGGAUGGGCCAGAUUAGGAAGGGCGGUAUGAGGGUGGGACUUGGCGUUGGUGUUUCAGAACAUCAAAGAUGGACAGGGUUUUCGCGGAGGUCGCUCCUCAGAUAUCUCCACAACUACAGAUCAGGGAUCUUCCAAAAUCGAGAAGAUUGGUGCAUAUGGCUAGGUCUCUUCACCUUACAAUUUGUAUGGCAAUUUGGCCCGGGGUUGUGGUGUGGUAGGGGAGAAUGGGGGAUAAUCCCACACAGGAGUUUCGAACGACGUCUGGUUCACAUUUGGCUGGAUAACUCCACCACCACACGGGGUAUGCGGUCGGCGAUGGGGUCAAAAUGCUUGUAUGAUCGAGGGCUUUUCAAUGGAUCUAUCGGCGGGUUCUUAUUCGAAAAAUUGAGUGAGUUCGUGGUGAGAGUGAUCUUUAUUAUGUUCACUGAUACUUGA